CCUCCGCACCCCUGCUCGCAAUCAUGGCCGUCUCUGCUGCUGCAUCCCGUCCUGCACCCCCCCGUGGACAGCGCUCGCCGACGCUCAGCGAUGCGGGCAUGAUCCUGCCUGCACUCGAGGCCGACCUGGAGCGCGCCGCUUCGCCCAUCCCCCUCAUUGAGCGCCCGCCCUCGCCCUCGGACCUGUACAGGCACACCGACUCAAGCCCCGUCCGGCUGUCUUCAGGAUUGGGAAUCUACAGCCGGCGCCGCGCCUCGCAACAGACAAAGUCACCAUCGCUAUCUGCACAGUCCUCGCUCUCAGCACAGUCCUCGCGCUCCACGCUGCGGAACCCAACCGACUCAGUUGCCUCGACUAGGAGCAUGACUACCCGCGACAAUGUCCUGGCCUCGUCGCCCACCAUCCACACUGCUCCCAGCAGCCACUCGCCCGGCAGCUGGCGCGGCCUCGACCAGCGCCGACUGAGCCCUUCUGCCAGCUCCAUCUUCACCGAGGACCUUGACCACUGGCCGGGCUUCGACAGCCACGACUCCUUCGAGGACAGCGCCGUCGACCUGGAAGAGCAGGAAAGGCGGGACCGCUCCAAGUCUGGUACCGACACUGACGGCGGAGACGGCAUGACGCCCACGGAGCGCUGGACCCGUGAGCGCAGCACUGGCAGUGACGACGAAGACGACCCAUACUCGUCGGCCGCGCUCAGCAGACGGGCAGAAAUCAUUCUGGCAAACGCAAAGAAGCGGCUAAACGUUAUGGAGGGAAAUCUCCGGGGUGCACGAGAGUCAUUGGUUGUGUCGCCCACCUUCAGCCCCAAAGCAAAGACCUCGGACCUCCCGCACCACAUGGCAGCCAGCCGCGAGCGAGAUCGAAGACUGUAUGCUGGCAUGGGCCCAAUACCGCCACGCCUGCCCCCUUAUCGACCGUCGCUACUGACGCCGAAUGGCAAUUCUGGCCAUGCGCGCGGUUUGAGCGAAACCUCAUUUACGCCUUCGUACAUCACGAGAACCAUAUCGACCAAGCGCGCGUCCAGUGCAUUCGGCCACACGACCGGGCCAUGGGCUCCCGAGAGCUACGGUCAGGGGCGUUUUCCCAUCAAAGAGUCGCGCAGCGUCGAGCAGCUCCGCGAUCCACGGACUACCUGGACCACGUCGGAACGAGACCACGGCCCAAGGUCUACUUCCAGGUCCGCGUCGAGAAGCUCAAAGUCACCCCCCGUGUUGGAAACCUUGCGAGAAGACGAGGACGGGGCCAGGAUACACCGGUCCACGUCUGCAGCUAGCGGUCUUCGCGACCAGAUGAACGAUCUCAGGGGAAGGAUCUCCAGCCUUAAACUAAAGGCGCAAGAAGACCAUCUCCGGCGACGCAGCAUGCAAAGCCUGCGCGCUCCUAGUCCCUUUACCUCGGCCGACACAUGGUAUCCUGGGUCUCCCGGAUAUCAGUCUGAGAGCCCCAUUUCCGCAAGCGCCGGACUAGGCAUCUCUACGGAACCCCUCACUCGGACUGGGCUCUACCCCGAAACCCAGGAUCGACCAUUGACUGCCACGACUACUCCCUCACAAGCACACGGCGAGAAGCUGGUGACGCAAAUCAAGGACCACAACAGCAGCAGCGAUGGUUAUUCGGAAACCGAGCCUGAAGGAUCCGAGGCAUACGAGGCGUCUGAUGCGGGCGAUGGGGACGACUAUGUCUCGGUCUAUGGCGAAGAUGCAGGUGAGCCCGAGAGCGUGUACGAGGACGCAGUGUACGAGAUGCCCACGACGGAGCGGCACGAGGACCGAGUCGACGCAUUCGAUUACCAGACGUUUUUCCUGCACAGCGCAAUGGGGACGUACAGCCUGGAAGACCGUCGAUCCAGCACCAGCUCGGGCACGUCGAUUGCGACGACGCGGCCCAUGACUGCUGUUCAGAAUGGCGAUAUUACCGCGGCCGAGAAGAGACUCUCGUUUCACCAACGGAACCCGAGCGUGGAUUCCGUGUCGACGGUAGCGACGUUUGCCACUGCAGCCGAAGAGCAGGACGACGACAACGAGCACGACAACGAGCAGAUGGACCAGUUCUCGCAGCAGCUACUAUCGAACCAGUCGCGGUCAUUCACUCACCACGGUGGCCACAACGGCUACUUGUCGCUUCGGGCUGACUCGGCCAUCAACAUGCGGAGCGGCGGGGGCGCAUCACCCCAGCCGUCGCUGCCCGUGGGGUCGCCUUCGUCUGCAGAGUUUGCCAACGGGCUCCAAACGUCCAAGAUCUUUUCGAUCCUGACCGAAGGGUCCCGAGACGAGCCGCGCAUUGCGCUCAGCGAAGAAGAGACGCAGCUUGUGUACGGGGUUGCUGCCAGCAUCCAGCACGUGUGCUCUCAGCUGCAAAGCACGUACGGGGAGGCAUACGAGCGCAAGGCAUGGCGGCGACGACUGGACGAAGCGCGCAAGAUCCUCAUGGGUGAGGACGCCGAAGACAGCCACGCCUACUGACGGGCUGGCUGCAUCCACUCGCUUGAAUUUCCUUUGGUUUCCCCUGGCUAUACGUUAAUGUCUAACUCGAAAGCUGCGACACAGCAUACGUCGAACCCUGUUCCCCACGAACCUUAACUCGAUAUCAUGUAUAAUUAUUCA